AUGGAUAAGGCUUGGAUGCAUAUUGGAGAUAGAAUGUAUUCUAACGAUUACGCAUCAGGCGUUAAACAAUUCAUGGAUAUGGCGAAGGCCCAUGCAUCGGGUAGAGACUGCAUUAGGUGUCCAUGUAAGAGAUGCCGAAAUCGAACUUUCCAUCCUUUUUCAGUGGUUGAGGAUCACUUGUUCAAAGUAGGGAUAGAUCCAUCUUAUACGGAAUGGAUCUUCCAUGGCGAGGAGGAAACUUUGCCAGACACCACAUCUUCUGACGAAGAUGGUGAUGCUGCCUAUAACGACAAUGACUACAUUGAUGAUGUCGACGAGAUGUUAGAUGAUAUCCGUGUGGGAUCCUUUAUGGACAAUUCUGUCAAGUUGCUUCACAUAAAGACAGUUGGUGGUUGGACUGUGAAGUCGUUCGACAUGGUUAUAAAGCUUCUGCAAGCUGCCUUUCCUCAUGCUUUAUUCCCUGACUCAUAUAACGAGGCUCGCCGCUUACAGCGUGGUUUGGGGUUUACUUACACAAAGAUACAUGUAUGCCCAAAUGAUUGUGCCUUGUUUUGGAAGGAUAAUGCCGAUAAAGAUGCAUGCCCUAAAUGUAAUGCAUCUAGGUGGGCCUCAAGCACAACUAACCAAAAGAGGCUAUCCCAAAAAGUCCUCCGGUAUUUUCCUCUGAAGCCGCGGUUGCAAAGGUUGUUUAUUUCUCGGAAGACUGCCCAAGCUAUGAGAUGGCAUGUAGAAGAGCGUGUUGACGAGCCCAACUUCAUGAGACAUCCUGCUGAUUCUAGGGUAUGGAAAGACUUCGAUAACAAAUAUGAGGCAUUUUCCCAAGAUCCUCGUAAUGUCAGACUUGCUCUAGCAAGUGAUGGGUUUAACCCUUUAAAUAACAUGAGCAAACUGUACAGUAUUUGGCCAGUUUUGCUUGUGCCGUACAACUUGCCUCCUUGGUCAUGCAUGAAAGAUCUAUACUUGAUGAUGUCGUUGUUAAUUCCUGGACCAAAGGCACCGGGAAAUGAUAUUGACGUGUUCUUGCGUCCACUAAUAGAUGAGUUGAGAGAAUUAUGGGAAGAUGGAAUUCAAACAUAUGAUGCAUACAAAGGCGAAAUGUUCCUAUUGAGGGCAGCGUUGCUCUGGACAAUCAAUGACUUUCCUGCAUACGCAAAUCUUUCAGGCUGGAGUACAAAGGGUAAGAUGACAUGUCCGACAUGUAACUUUGAAACAGAUGCAUUAUGGUUGAAGCAUGGCCGAAAACAUGCUUAUAUGGGUCAUCGUCGGUGGUUGGGCAUAGAGCACAAUUGGAGGAAGAAAAAAAAUGCUUUUAAUGGAAAGGAUGAACGCCGUCUCCAACCUAAAACCAUUGCGGGACAGGCUUUAAUGGAUCAAUUACAUGAGGUCUCCAACAUCCAGUAUGGUAAAUCAACAAAGAAGCGGAAACGUAUCCCGAAUGAACUUAAUUGGACUAAAAAAUGUAUCUUCUUUGAGCUUCCUUAUUGGUUAGACUUGGGAUUGCGGCAUAACUUAGAUGUCAUGCACAUUGAGAAAAACAUCUGUGAUAACGUUUUGGGAACCCUGAUGAAUAUUGAAGGCAAAAGUAAGGACACUGUCAAUGCGCGUAGGGACUUGGAAGAUCUUGGACUAAGGAAAGAAUUACAUUUACAGCAUCAUGGUAAUCAUACUUAUAUGAGUCUUGCAUGUUACAUGUUAAAUGGAACUGAGCAAAGAAGUUUUUGUGCACGUAUGGCAGAAGUCAAAUUUCCUGAUGGUUUUGCCUCAAAUAUUGCCCGGUGUGUCAACGUUAAUGAAGGAAAAAUCAUGGGAAUGAAGAGCCAUGAUUGUCAUAUCUUUAUGCAAUAUUUGUUGCCGGUUAUUAUUGGUGGGUACCUACGACCAGAUAUUAGGGGAGCUUUAAUAGAGUUAUACUCAUUUUUCAAAGAAUUAUGCUCACGAACACUAGACACAAAGGUGAAGAGCCAUGAUUGUCAUAUCUUUAUGCAAUAUUUGUUGUCGGUUAUUAUUGGUGGGUACCUACGACCAGAUAUUAGGGGAGCUUUAAUAGAGUUAUGCUCAUUUUUCAAAGAAUUAUGCUCACGAACACUAGACACAAGGGUGUUGGAAAGACUUCAAGCUAAUAUCCCCGUCAUUCUUUGCAAAUUGGAAAUGAUAUUUCCAUCGGCAUUUUUUGAUAUCAUGGUGCACCUUGCUAUUCAUCUCCUAGAUGAGGCAUUGCUAGCAGGGCCUGUUCAGUACAGGUGGAUGUACCAUUUCGAGAGGUAUUUGGAUAAAUUCAAGCGGUAUGUCCGCAACAGAGCUCGUCCAGAAGGCUCAAUUGCUGAGGCAUAUGUUCAUGUCGAAUGUUUGACAUUUUGCUCUAUGUACCUUAAUGAUAUCGAGACUAGACAUAACUGA